AUGGCUCUAGCGCUGCAGUCCCGAGUCUCUGACUUUUUUGCCGUCGACAUUCACCCGGCGGCAAGGAUCGGGAAGGAGGUUCUGUUCGACCACGCCACAGGAGUGGUCGUGGGCGAGACAACGGUGAUCGGGAACAACGUGUCGAUCCUGCACCACGUUACCCUCAGCACGGCGGGGAUUGAGGAGAGGAUCUGGAUCCGAUUCGCGACCCGACAGGGAGAUCUGGUCUCACCGCUAGAAGUGCUGAAGCCGAAGGCGUCGUCGAAACCGGAGCCGGUGGUGAGGACGAGGAAGAUGAGGGCGGAGAGAGCGAGGAUGAGGCCGAGGCCGAGCCAGGACCUUGCUGUGGUGGUUUUGGAGGCGAGGAAAUCUUGA